AUGGUUCUCACAAACUUAGUAUUGAUCAUUAGUGCCGCUGUGGUUCAGGCGGCUACCUCGAGCGCCUAUGGUUGCGGUGCCCAACACAAUGGGACGCUGAACUGGACCGAGGCGCUUGCCAUGGCCGAAGUAUUCACUGUCAAACUGACGCUCGAAGAGAAGAUUCAAAUGGUCACGGGUAAUUCCUCAGCAAACUCAUGUAUUGGGAACAUUGCCCCCGUGCCUCGCCUCGGAUUCGGUGGAAUCUGCCUGGUAGACGGACCCAGCGCGAUCAACCGCGCUGACGGUGUCAGCGUGUUCCCGUCCGGCAUCACCUCGGCCGCCACAUGGGAUAAGAAGCUGAUCUACCGCCGCGGGUUUGCUCUUGGUGUUGAGUCCAAGGGCUAUGGUGCCCACGUGCUCCUCGGUCCUUCCACCAAUCCAAUGGGUCGUCAUGCUCUGGGCGGUCGCAAUUGGGAAGGUUUUGGGCCCGAUCCGUACCUAGCCGGCCUGGCCAUGGAGUCCAGCAUUCACGGCAUGCAAGAUGCUGGUGUGCAGUCCUGCUCCAAGCACUAUAUCGCAAACGAACAGGAAACUCAGCGAUCAAACGACCCUGAUCCGUUCGGAAAUCCGGUUCUCGGCAUCUCCUCCAAUGUUGACGACAGAACUCUGCAUGAGCUCUAUCUCUGGCCUUUUGCCAACGCUGUCCGGGCGGGCACGACGUCCAUCAUGUGUUCCUACAACCGUGUCAACCAGACGUACGCCUGCGAAAACGAGUACCUGAUGAAGGACAUCCUCAGAGACGAGCUGGGCUUCAAGGGAUAUGUUGUGUCGGAUUGGUUCGCGACCCACUCGACUGCCGAGUCUAUCAAUGCUGGCCUCGACGUGGAGAUGCCUGGACCUGUUCCCAGCCGUCCCGAAAGUCCGUCCUUUUUCGGAAAGAAAAUAAACGCGGCUAUGAAAGAAGGUCUCAUAUCCGAGGACCGUCUGGAUGAAAUGGUACGCAAUGUCAUGGCUCCGUACUACUACCUCGGGCAGAACACCCCCGACUAUCCCACCGUCGACCCAGCUGGACGAUUCGGCAUGGUGGCUACCGAGAUAGGGAUACCUCAAGCUAUGGCAGCUGGGAUGCUGCCUAAAGAUGUGGUUUUCCCUCGUGGCCGGAACAAUCGCAGAAAUCACGCCAAGCUCAUCCGAGAAAUGGGCUCUGCUGGUACUGUGCUCCUCAAGAACGUCAACAACACCUUGCCAAUCAAGGCCCCCAAGGUUAUCGGCGUAUUCGGAAACGACGCCGCAGAUCCGACCCAAGGCUUCCACCGUCGCACGGCACAACCCAACGACGUCAACACAGGCACGAUGGUCAUCGGAGGUGGAUCAGGCUCUGCUCGUCUCCCUUAUGUCAUCGCGCCCUUGGAGGCGAUCAAGGCUCGGGCCCGGGAGACCGAUGCUGAGGUUCUCUACAUCACGGACAACAAGGCCCUGGCUGCCAAUUAUUUCCAUGGCGUGUACCCACCUCCCGAGAUCUGCUUUGUGUUCCAGCAGACCUUCGCCAGCGAAAGCUUUGACCGUACCGACUUUGAACUUGAUGGAAAUUCGACACAAGUCAUCAAGAACGUGGCCAACUUUUGCGCCAACACUGUGGUCAUCACUCACUCCGGCGGCGUCAAUACCAUGCCAUGGGCUGACCAUCCCAAGAUCGGCGCCAUUCUGGCGGCGCAUUAUCCAGGCCAGGAGACUGGCAACUCCAUCGUGGACCUCCUCUGGGGUGAUGUAGCGCCGUCCGGUCGUCUACCUUAUACCAUUCCCCGCGAAGCUAAGGAUGCCGGGCCCCCGAUCGUUAACCUGACGUAUCCUCUUCCGAGUCCCGGUGCCUACCAGGCUGAUUUUGUCGAAGGCCAGCUUCUGGACUACCGCCAUUAUGACGCCCUAGAAAUUGAUCCCCUGUAUGAAUUCGGCUUCGGUCUUACCUACACCACGUUUGCUAUCGACGAGGUUGUAUCAGCAGCACAUGUUGGCAACAGCAGGUUAUCUGCUCGUCCAGACGCGCGGAAGGAAACCUCGCCUGGUGGUAACCCGGAUCUGUGGGAGGAGGUCGUCGUCGUCAGCGCCAAGAUUUCCAACACUGGCGACCGCGCUGCUCAUGCCGUGCCCCAGCUGUACCUGUCUUUCCCCGCCAGCACACCAGAGGGAACACCGGUCAAGGUUCUGCGUGGCUUUGAGAAGAUUCUCCUCGAAGCUGACGCCGAGACUGCGGUUGAAUUCUCGCUGAUGCGCAGAGAUGUGAGCUACUGGGACACGGGGCUUCGGGACUGGGUGAUUCCGAAGGGAGAGUUCACCUUCCGCGUAGGCUUCAGCUCGAUGGAUUUGCCCGCGGAAACCACAUUUGCUGUGCUGAAGUAA